CAAAACUAUAUUCACGAACAAGUACUUUUAUUAAUCCAAGAUACGUCCAUACAUAUAUAUGCAUUCCUACUAUAUACUUGGCUUAAAUAAAAGAUGAAGAAGCUGUUGCCCAUAUUUCUUCUCUAGCACAUAACAACGGCAGCUCGUUCAACGUCAAUUGUCACAUAUGAAAAAAAUGUUGUAAGAAGAAUCCGUGGGAUUUUUAAUAGGAAAUACCUUAGCCAUCAUAAAAUAUUUCAUUUUAAUAUCUCGAGUGUAAAUGGUUGAUACAGCAAUUUCAUUCUGAAUUUUUUUUGUAAAAAAAAAAUUAAAAUUAACGAUUAUCAUACAAUGAAUUCGAACUGUUGGAAUCAAUCCCAGCAACCUAACCAGUUCUUACCAUUUUUGGUUACACAAAGCCAAAUUCACGGCAUAUACACUGCAAAUGGUUCUAGUUCCCAAAUUGCUACAUCUACAUCUCAACCACAUAGUUAUCACUCUCAAAAUGAAGGACAAAAUUUUCCUUCUGAACAAGUUAUUCAAAACAGUCACGAGGGUCCGGAAAUUCUUCCAGGUCCAUCUGGAUUAAAUUUAUCCCAAAAUUCGGAUGUGGAAACUUUGGUUAUACCUUACGAAGAUUACCAAAAUAAUAAAGAGUAUAUUUACAGAAUUAAGCAUAAUCGCUCCAUUAUGAAGAGUCUUAAGGUUGCUGCGACGGAAGAUGAUGACGGAGAUGAUAUAGGGAAAAAGCAGAUGGGGCCAACUUGUAGAAGUGCAUAUUGUGUUGAAUCAGAUUUUCGUUUCUGUUCCACUUUUACUGAAGAUACAAGAAGAAAAAUUUUUGAAGAAUUUUGGCAAAUAUUAAAUUGGGAUCAGAGACAUAUUUUUGUUGCCACUCAUGUUUUUAAAAAACCUAAAAAUCCAGAUCAAACUUCUGAUAACGCAAAAGUAGAAAUUGAAAAUGAUUUCAUUUACACACUUCGUAAUAGUAAUGGAAACGAUGAACAGGUCUGCGCGGAAAUGUUUUUAAAUACUUUGGCAUUAACAUUUGAGCGGGUUUUAGUAUGGGUUCAAAAAUAUUCCAUAGGCGGAGAUGGAGUUUCUAUGUAUAAAGAGGAGUUCAAAAAGAAACUUGCUACUAUAAAAAUAUAUAAUCCUAAUGAUUAUGAUGAAAAUGGUUUACCAAAACCACGAAGGAAGCGUAAAAAGAAAAAAUCAAAAAGAGAAAUAGAAAGUGAGCUUGCUGGGGAAAAUUAUCGUAGUCGUGAAUAUGAUCCAAAUUGCCCAAAUAAACCAUCUAGAGAAAAAAAUACGAUCAAACCAGAGUAUUGGAAAUGUAAUAUAGUAAAAAGGUUAAGAAUGGAGGGUAAAGAAUAUUAUUCAAAAAACUCUAAAACCGGGGAAAUGGUAUUUCAUAAAGGGAAAGAUUUAGGACCAAGAUGUACUUCUAGUUUAUGCAAGAUAUCAAAACUAAGGAAUUGCGACAGUAUUUCUGAUAAAACAAGAGAAAAGAUAUUUAACGAUAUAUGGCAAAGAUGGGAUUGGCAACAACGAAAAGUCUGGGUUGCAUCUAUGGUUAAAAGAAAACACCCUUCCCGGAAGCGAACUCUUUCAAUUAAUUCAAAAAGGCACUCAACUCUGCAUUAUUAUUUGCCUGAUGAUAACGGAAUUCCGGUUCAAGUCUGUCGAAAAAUGUUUAUAUCAACAACAGCAAUUGGACAUCACCAAACUUUAAUGUGGACCAAUUCUUAUAGCUUAGGUUCUAAUUUUGAAGAAAAUUUAAUAUCAACAAAAGAUGCUGAUAACCAUGCUAUUGAAUGGAUGGAUUCCUUACCCAAGUAUAGUCUAGGAUCAGAUACAGGAUUAAAAUAUAUUGAUCCUCAAUUUAAAACUGUUGGUGAUUUAUACAAAACGUAUUUGGAAAGAUGUAAAAUAGACGGUAUAAAACCAACUGAAAAAUAUCAAAUUAAAAGAUUUGUAGAACAUAAUAACAUCGGAUUUGUUCCACAAAAUGAUGAAGAAUGUGAAAGAUGCAGACUUUUUAGUAAAAAUAAAGACAGGGAUAAAUCUGAUGAAACUAUUAAAUAUCACCAAGCUCGAGUUGAACAUGCAACUGCUGAAAAGUCGAAAGAUCAAAAAAAAGCAGAAGCUGGAGUAUGCUACGUACUUCAAAUUCAUUUACAACCUAUUAAAACCGUUCCAAUUUUACGAAAUGAAAGUCAAGUUUUUAAAAGCAAGUUAGAAUGUAAUAAUUUGUCAAUUUACGAUGUCAAAGCGAAUUAUGCCACUUGUUAUUUUUUUUCGGAAGAUCAAUGUUCUAAUUUAGCAAAGAAUUUUAAAAACAUAAUUACUACAAUUAUUUGUGAACAUCUUAAAGAAUAUUACUUGACGGCAAAGAAAAAAUUGCCAAUUAUUUUGUAUUGCAAUGGAACAAGCGAUAGAACUAGAAAUCUUUUCCUUAGUAAUGCUUUACUAAAUUUAGCUACGAUUCAUAACGUAAAAAUAACACAAAAGUUUUUCGAAACUGGACAUAGUUUAGUUGAGGACUGCUACAAAACAAAUCAAAUGUUGGAAAGAUUUUUAAAUUCAAAAAACAAAGAAAUAUAUUUACCGAGUCAAUUGGCUAAAACAGUUAGGGAAAUCAAACGUUAUCCGGAAAUAUUCACUGGAAUUCACUUAGACUUCGAUUAUUUUCGAAAUUAUUCUAAUUCAGAACAUUUACGUUAUUUGUCAACGCAUCCUGGUGAUGGAUUUGAAGAAAAUGAUGCUUGUGAAAUGCAAUAUAAUCCAACAGGAAAAAUAUCAUUAAAACUUGAUUUUGGGGGUGAAAGUAUGGAUUUGUUACAAAAAACUAUAAAGAAUUUUAAACCAAUUCAUGAAUACCCCGUUUUAUAUACAGAAAUGGCAUCUAUUUCAAAAACAAAAUGGGACGAUUUGCAGGACAUGAAAAAAUUUAUGCCAUUUGAUUGCCAACCAUUUUAUGACUCAUUAAAAUAUUUUGACGAUUAAAGUUUCAAAUAUAAAACUUAACUUGUAUAACAAUAGUUUUCAGUAAAAUACAUAAAUAGUAAAUUAAGAGAAUAUGUAAAAAAGUAGCUGAAGACGGUUCAACAAAAAUAAAUUGAAAAUGUUUGCAAAUAAUUACAUAACAUUAAUGAUGAUGUAAACAUAAAACAUUUCAUUCCAGUCAUUAAUAUUUCCAACAUAAGAUGUUGCUUAUUAAAAAUAUACAAAGUAUGUAUUCAACGAAAAAUCAAACUAUCAAAAUUACUUAUAUGAGAAGUGCGCAUACUAAAUAUUAUGUAAUUUUAUUAAUUUCAAA